GGAAAAAACCACGAGCGAGCCGCGAGACGCCCCCUCCGUCUUGGGGUGACCCAGCCAGGCUCGCUGCAAGCCCCGCGCUCCAGUUGCAGAUUCUAUGGAGUAAAAGACUCCAGCUGCUCAGACAUGUGAUUGAGGAUGCUGAGAAAUGAAAGCAGAAAGAAAGAAGAGACAGAUGUCCAUCCCCAACCAUAGUUCCAGCUCUUUUGGGCAAUGGUCAGCAAGGAAUAGGAAAGAUGCUGUCUAUCAUUCCGCAUGAAUCAACCCUGGCAUUUACCUGCAACCUAUUUUAGACCCUGUGGUUUUUUAGAUGCUUCAGAUUGAAUGCCUUGGAACUGCUGGUGAAAAAUAUCAAGAGAACCUGUUCUAUCAAUCACUGAAGACAUCAGGAACAUUUUUGAAAAAUUAAAUCUGCACACAAUGAGGGGCUGCCACGUCUGCAAGCUUCCUGGGAGAGUCCUGGGGGUCAGAGUGCUCCGCUUCUCCUUGGCGGUCAUCCUCGUGUUGCUGCUGGUGGCCGGCGCCUUGACCACUUUACUUCCCAACAUCAAAGAAGAUAAGCUGCUCAUGCUGCGAAGGGAAAUGAAAUCCCAGGACCGACCCGCCCAAGAGGCCUUUACGCUCAUAAUGCAGACAUACAACAGAACAGAUCUCUUGCUGAGACUUUUGAAUCAUUACCAGGCAGUACCACAUCUGCACAAAGUCAUCGUGGUAUGGAACAACAUUGGAGAGAAGGGGCCGGAUGAGUUAUGGAACUCUCUGGGGCCUCACCCUGUCCCCGUGAUCUUCAAACAGCAGUCGGCAAACAGGAUGAGGAACCGACUCCAGGUCUUCCCCGAACUGGAAACCAAUGCUGUGUUGGUGGUAGACGAUGACACGCUGAUUAGUGCCCAGGACCUCGUCUUUGCCUUCUCGGUUUGGCAGCAAUUUCCUGAUCAGAUUGUAGGGUUUGUUCCUAGAAAACACGUCUCCACGUCCUCGGGUCUCUACAGCUAUGGAGGUUUUGAAUUGCAGACCCCAGGCUUUGGGAGCGGUGACCAGUAUUCCAUGGUGCUGAUCGGCGCCUCAUUCUUCAACAGGAAGUAUCUGGAACUCUUCCAGAGGCAGCCCGCGGCUGUGCACGCAUUGAUAGAUGAAACGCAAAACUGUGAUGAUAUCGUCAUGAAUUUCAUCAUUGCCAAGCACAUUGGGAAGACUUCGGGGGUAUUUGUGAAACCCGUAAACAUGAACAAUUUGGAAAAAGAAACCAACGGGGGCUAUUCUGGAAUGUGGCACCGAGCCGAACACUUUCUGCAGAGGUCCUACUGCCUGAACAAGCUUGUUCACAUCUAUGACAGCAUGCCCUUAAAAUAUUCCAACAUUCUGAUUUCCCAGUUUGGCUUUCCAUACGCCAACCACAAAAGUAAAAUGUGAAAGUAAAACAGAC